GUAGGAACCUCAGGGGUAAUUCAGUCAACGUUCAUCGCUUUCAUCAUCCGGAGUAGAGUUCGCAAACUUCACAUUAAACCGAGCCACUGGGUUAUGCCGAGCGGCAACUGUAUCCAUCGGCACAGAAGGCAUGGGGUCGCGAAUCAGCCAAAUCCUUCGUGAUAAGGAUCCGACUUCUCCAAUUUUCUUCGGCACGAGUCCCGCUCAUCAUGUUGGGUCGCAUCUUUAUAAAGCGCACUGUCCUGCGCCUAAUGGCGGCCCAGACCCUGUCAUUCAGUCUUUCCACGAACAGCCUGGCGAAUGCAUCCCCACGAGGCCUCCCCGAGUGAAUCGGGCUCCGCUGAUACAGUCUGCCUGCCCGAGUUGGACCGCCCCAUCGACCCCGUCUUGAGUGCCGAGAAGGAUGCCGCCGCCCAAGAGAUCGAAUACCUCUACCUCGAGCUGGAGACACCACUCCCGACCCCGUUGAUCACUGCGCCCCCAGGCCCCGGCCAAUCGCCCCCUCCGGAUGCCCCGAGUCUCGAAGAAUACACCUCCCCGUUCCUCUGGCCCAAAUGGCGCAAGUGGAUGAUGACCUGGAUCGCGUGCGGAGUCACAGCCUUGGCCGGUUACUCGGCGGGGGAAGUCAACCCGGCUGCGACAGAGUUGACGGCGGAGUGGGGGAUCAGUUCGGUGGUCUACAAUCUGAGCAUCACGAUUUUCUGUGUUGGGUUUGCGCUGGCCCCGAUGGUUCUGGCGCCGUUCUCGGAGAUCAAUGGACGCCGGCCGAUUUUUGUCGCCAGUGGUUUCGUCUUUACGGGGUGUAUUAUUGCUUGUGGAGGAACCCAUGUUUUCGCGGGCUUGUUGAUUGCGCGGUUGUUUCAGGGCGUGGGUGCUUCGACUUUCUCGACCAUGGUGGGCGGGGUCAUCAGUGAUAUCUUCCAUGCCGAGGAUCGCAACACUCCCAUGGCUUUGUUCUCCGGCGCAGCGCUGUUUGGUACCGGAUUGGCUCCGAUGAUCUCCAGUGUUAUUGUGGCUCACACCUCCUGGCGCUGGGUGUAUUACUCGCACGCCAUCGUGUCGGCUGUGUUUGUGGCAGUCAUCUACUUCUUCUUCAAGGAGACGCGAGGCAGCGUCUUGUUGAGUCGCAAAGCACACGCCGUGAACAAGUAUUACGAGCAGCUGGAGGCAGCGGGCCACUUUGGCGUCAUUCUAGGCGAGACGAACGAGGUCCGACGGAUCCGAUGGAAGGUGCAGAGUGACGAACAGCGCGAGUCUCUGGUGCAGAUGAUCAGCAUCUCCUGCUACCGUCCUUUCCACAUGCUUGUCACCGAGCCCGUGGUCUUCUUCUUCUCCCUCUGGGUCUCCUUCAGCUGGGCCGUACUCUACCUCCAAUUCGGCUCCAUCCCGCUGGUCUUCCGAACCAACCACCACUUUACCACCGAGCAAACCGGCGCCGUCUUCACCGCAAUGUGCGUCGGCUCCAUCAUCAUCACCCUCGUGAGCAUCUACCAAGACAAACUCGCCAACCGAUACGGUCUGCUACCCAAGAAACCCGAAGCGCGACUCUACUUCGUGUGCAUCGAAGCGAUCCUGAUGCCGAUUGGAUUGUUCUGGUUCGGCUGGACCUCCUACUCCUCCGUGCCAUGGAUCGUUCCCACCAUAGCCAUCGCGUGUGCCACCAUGGGUAUUUUCGCGGUAUACCUAGCCGUAUUUAAUUAUCUCGCUGAUACGUAUCAUCGAUAUGCCAGUUCAGCAAUCGCAGCGCAGUCGUGCUGCCGAAACCUCCUCGGCGGUGUCUUCCCACUCGUCACCAACGCCAUGUUUACGAACCUAGGGUAUCCGGGGGCUUCCAGUCUACUGGGUGGAAUUGGCCUGCUUUUGACCCUUGUGCCGUGGAUUCUGGUCUUCUAUGGAAGUCAGAUUCGGGCCAAGAGUAAGCUUGCUAGUGAGCUUGCUCGGUAAUACGAUGUUAACAGAUGUUAACAAUCGUUUAAACAAAUCUAGAUGAUAGAUGAUAGAUGAUGCAUGGCUAAAAGUUAGAACGUAUAUAAUAUUAAUAGACAGUGC